UCGUAACCUUUUAAUAUUAUAGCGAAUAAGGAAAAAACGAAGUGACCACGAUGAAAGGAAUAUUCUUAAUUUUCAUUUCAUCUCUCCUGUUUACAAUGGUGUUGGGUGACUAUGAAGAUGACCAUGACCACCUUGAAGAUAACCUUGAUAAGUACUGCGGUGUUAUCAAUAUAGAUUGUUUUGACUACUGUUUACAAGUAUACAUGGGUGAAGAGUAUUACGAAAGGUAUAGGAAAUGUAAUCCGGAAGCAGUUGCAGACAAAUCACCGGGUGAAAGACAAUACUAUAUAUGUAAUGUAGCCACAGAGGAGGAGAUAGCAAAGGCUCAGGCAUGUACACACAAAGACGAAGAAGAAAUAGAAGUAUUUCAUAAUGGACUUGAGUUUUGCGACAUUUAUCAGACUUUGGGUUUAAUUCUUCCGCAAUUGUUCUGUAGCUGCACUCCCAGCUAAAUUUUCAAUGUUCAAACGAACACUUGUGAAAUUCUUCUUGAAAUUUAAAUGUAAUUAAAAUAUUUCAAGGGAAAAUAAAUUUGAAUUAAAUAA